AUGCACCACGGAUUGCGCAUUGACCGCGAGGUGCUCUGGCGUAAGCUCUUUGCGUUCGACGACGACGAUGGCGACGACGUCGCUGCAGCAGAUUCGGCAACGGCCUCUCACGAAGAUGUCACGGAUCAUUUCUGCAGCGUUAUCCAGUCUGCCGUCGCGCACGGCCGCGCGGACCCGUUGCGCGCAAUGUUGCGCCAACGCCUCGGCCACUGGCUGCGUUUGGAGAUCGUGCCGCCGUUUUGGCACUUGUGCGACACGCUAUUGGCUGAAACACCGAAGCACCGUCGCCUCUCGACCAGCCGCAGUCGACGCCAGAUGGCCCGUCGCUGCACACGGCAACUCACGCUGGCGUUGCAGUUUGCCGAAGAUGCGUUUGCGCACUGUGUGCAGGUCGCGAGUCUCUUUGACGACGACGCGCAGGGGCCGUUGCUGCACCGUAACAAGGCGACGCGCACUGGCCCAAUGUUGCAGCAACUGCGCACGAGUUUCCGUUGCCUCGUGUUUGACACCGCGCGCGCGCGCGAGCGCUUCGAGGCACUGCUCGUCGUCUGCUUCUCGCAGACGCAGGCGACUGCGCGCGCCGACUCGCGACCGAUACAGCAGACGCUGCAGCAGCUCGAGUGGCUGCACGUGGCCGAGUCGGCGCUCGGCCGCGUGCUGCGCGCGCGCGUGCAGAAAGCCGUCGCGUCGACGUGCGCGCACGUGUACGACGAGCUGCUGCUGGGCCGCGUGGAGCAGCAGGUGCGCGCAGAGGUGUGGCCGUGGCUGGACGAGCUGCUGCCGGCGGCGGACGUUGCGGGCCGGACGACGUGGCGCCAGAAGCUGUCGCAGCACGUGCUCGAGGCGUUUGCGCGGCUCCGCAUUGCGCAGCUGUUUGAGCUGAUUAAGGAGUUCCCCGACAGUGUGCCGGCGCUGGACGAUCUGCGGCAGUGUCUCGAGCGCACGCAGCAACAGGAUGAGCUCGUGCGGAGCUUCCGGAGCUCGUUGCAGAAGCGACUUCUCCAGCCGGGAGCCAACACGUCGGCGAUUCUGGAGAUUUACGUGUCGAUCAUUAAGGCGUUCCGACUCUUGGACCCGAAAGGCGUGUUGCUGGAAGCGUUGAGCGGACCGCUGAUAGCGUACUUGAGGCAACGCAAAGACACAGUGCGGUGCAUUGUCCAGAGUCUCACGGAUGACGAACACGGCGACUUGUUCAACGAGCUUCGUCGUGACAAUACGCAGAUUAUACAACACGUCGAUGAUAGCGACGACGAUGAAGAUAUAUCGCCUGACUCGUGGGAGCCAGAUCCGAUUGAAGCAGACCCGUCCAAGACGUCGCGCAGUCGAAGGAGCGACGACAUUUUGAGGAUUCUCGUCAACAUCUAUGGAAGCCGUGAGCUGUUUGUAAAUGAGUAUCGGAUGAUGCUGGCCGAUAAGUUGCUGCAGAAUUUGAAGUAUGACACGGAUCGCGACGUGCAGACACUGGAACUGCUGAAGCUGCGUUUUGGUGAGGAAAGUUUGCAGCAAUGUGAGAUCAUGGUCCGUGACAUUGAGGACUCGAAACGGCUCAAUGUGAAUGUCCGAUCUUCGAUGGAGGACACAGUUGCAAAGGCAGCAGUAGCUGAAGGGGAUGUGAUCCCACCUGAUCAGGCGGAAGCUCCAUCCUCGUAUGUUGAUGCAACGAUCGUUUCUCGACAAUUUUGGCCCCCACUACAAGGCGAAGAUUUUGUGCUGCAUCCGACUGUGAUGAAGAAGGUUGUUGCGUUCACGGAUUCGUACCAUGUCUUGCGCAACCCGCGGUCAUUGAACUGGAACUCCUCGCUCGGGUCCGUGCAGCUGUCAAUCGAUCUCGAAGGCAAACAGCGCGAGUUUACCGUGUCGCCGCUACAAGCCACGAUCAUGCUGUAUUUUGAAGAGAAAGACCGUUGGACUGUGGAGGAGCUGUCUGCAAAACUCGAGAUUUCCGAUGAUUUGCUACUGAAGCAUGUGUCUGUGUGGGUAAAUUGCGGACUGGUAUCGUUUACACUGGGGCAAAAAGAGCUAGUUGCUAGCACAUCCUUUCAGGACACACGGUGCGACGGUAACUCGUCGGUUGAAGAACUCGAGACCGCCGUGUCAUCGGACGCCCAAGCAGAAGAGGACCUCAAGGUGCUGGAAAGCUACAUCGUGGGAAUGCUGUCCAACUUUGGGUCGCUGAGUAUCCAGCGCAUCCACAAUAUGCUUUCCACGUUUGCUCGAAGUGGGACCCAACCAUACACCAAGACCAUCUCUGGGCUCUCAUUGAUUCUUGGCAAGCUGGUCACUACAGGCAAGCUCGAGCUGGUUGGCGAUCAGUAUCAGCUCUCCACGUAG